ACCGCGUAUCUUGACGCAUGGGCAAGUGGGUAAUGUGUUUUAGUAGAAUGCAAUGCAGUUUCCGGGACUACAGAGGCAGUGUUUGAAGUUUACGCGGGCAAAUCUUUUUUUGUGUCAACAACGUCUUCGGCCUUGUAAACAUCGAUAUAUAUUUUUCACGAAAUAAGGAUACGUGUAUAUGUUAACUUGAUGGCAAGUUUAGUUUCAGCGUGCAAAUAAAACACUCCUUUUUCACUAACUGGGAGAAAUGGCGGUCGGGCUGUACUAUGCUAGCUAGACCGAUUUAUUAUCACGCUAACGGGCUAAAUACAUUUGGCUACACGGACAGAAAUGGACUCCAAAUACCCAAAUCUGAUGAGACCUCAGAAGAAGCGCCGGUACUUCUCCAUUAAAACGAGCGCAUCAACCAUGAAGGGAAAUGCCGAACUGGACAUUGAUGACUCCAAUACUUGGUUCAAAAACUUGGAUUCUUCCUCUGAUGUUGGGGAAGAGCUUCCCCCUCUGCCUCCCUCUCCGACCUUCACCCCUGUAGAGAAGGAGGAGAAGACUGGUAACCCUGUAGAGAAGGAGGAGAAGACUGGUAACCCUGUAGAGAAGGAGAGGAGAGAACCAUCAUCAGUUCCAGAGACUGGUGAAGCGGUGCCCCAAGGAGAAGAGAUGCACGAGGAGGGGAGAGCAGAGAGCACUUUGCUGGAUACUGAGAGCCCAUUUAAAAAGCACGCUCCCAUCAAGACCUCCAGCCCCAAGAAGCGGCAGGAGGGGGAUGAGGACAAGGACAGAACAGCCUCUCCAUUGCUCUUGAUCUGUGAUGAUGAUGAUGAUGAUGAAGAUGACUACGGCCCUGUAAAGCAGCCUAUCACUGCCCUGACACCACAGUGCAACGGACAGGCAGCAGACGGGGGAUAUGAUGCAGUGCUGGACUCUCCUCCCUGUCGGUUUUCUGUCGGCAAACAAAAGACGCCAUCUCGCAGUAUGCCGAAGAAGGAAGAGACACCUUGGAAGUUGACUCUGUCCCUGUGCAGCAUAGAGACAGAGCCAGAAGAGCCUCCCCAAACAAGCCCGUGUCCAGCAGUAGAACCCAAAGAACAACCAGUACCAGGGAAGACGAGUCUGGCCCAACCUUCAGAGAAGAAGAGUCUGGCCCAACCUUCAGAGAAGAAGAGUCUGGCCCAACCUUCAGAGAAGAAGAGUCUGGCCCAACCUUCAGAGAAGAAGAGUCUGGCCCAACCUUCAGAGAAGAAGAGUCUGGCCCAACCUUCAGAGAAGAAGAGUCUGGCCCAACCUUCAGAGAAGAAGAGUCUGGCCCAACCUUCAGAGAAGAAGAGUCUGGCCCAACCUUCAGAGAAGAAGAGUCUGGCCCAACCUUCAGAGAAGAAGAGUCUGGCCCAGCCCUCAGAGAAGAAGAGUCUGGACCAGCCCUCAGAGAAGAAGAGUCUGGCCCAGCCCUCAGAGAAGAAGAGUCUGGCCCAGCCCUCAGAGAAGAAGAGUCUGGCCCAGCCCUCAGAGAAGAAGAGUCUGGCCCAGCCCUCAGAGAAGAAGAGUCUGGCCCAGCCCUCAGAGAAGAAGAGUCUGGCCCAGCCCUCAGAGAAGAAGAGUCUGGCCCAGCCCUCAGAGAAGAAGAGUCUGGCCCAGCCCUCAGAGAAGGAGAGUCUGGCCCAGCCCUCAGAGAAGGAGAGUCUGGCCCAGCCCUCAGAGAAGGAGAGUCUGGCCCAGCCCUCAGAGAAGAAGAGUCUGGGCCAGCCCUCAGAGAAGAAGAGUCUGGGCCAGCCCUCAGAGAAGAAGAGUCUGGGCCAGCCCUCAGAGAAGAAGAGUCUGGCCCAGCCCUCAGAGAAGAAGAGUCUGGCCCAGCCCUCAGAGAAGGAGAGUCUGGCCCAGCCCUCAGAGAAGGAGAGUCUGGCCCAGCCAUCAGAGAAGAAGAGUCUGGCCCAGCCCUCAGAGAAGAAGAGUCUGGCCCAGCCCUCAGAGAAGAAGAGUCUGGCCCAGCCCUCAGAGAAGAAGAGUCUGGCCCAGCCCUCAGAGAAGAAGAGUCUGGCCCAGCCCUCAGAGAAGAAGAGUCUGGCCCAGCCCUCAGAGAAGAAGAGUCUGGCCCAGCCCUCAGAGAAGAAGAGUCUGGCCCAGCCCUCAGAGAAGAAGAGUCUGGCCCAGCCCUCAGAGAAGAAGAGUCUGGCCCAGCCCUCAGAGAAGGAGAGUCUGGCCCAGCCCUCAGAGAAGGAGAGUCUGGCCCAGCCCUCAGAGAAGGAGAGUCUGGCCCAGCCCUCAGAGAAGAAGAGUCUGGCCCAGCCCUCAGAGAAGAAGAGUCUGGCCCAACCACCAGAGAAGGAGGCAACACCGGAAAGGAAAGCCACAUCCUCCUUCCUCCAGAAGCUGAGAGAGGCUGGUCAGUCCAAGCCUGCCUGGAAAGCCCUAGCGUCUCCAGUGAGAGAAGCUCCUCUCACCGACCUGGAGGAUGACUUCCUGAUCCUGGAGGACGAUGGUCCUUCCUGGUUCUCCCUUCGCAGGAAGACUGACCCCAACAGGACCACAGCCACACCUCAACCGCAGCAGAAGGAUCAAUCAUACAGCAGUAAUGACGCCUCAGCUGACACACUCACCAAGGCCAGCCAAUCAGAGAAGGAUACAGCCAAGCUGAGAUCAGGAGGGACAGCUGAAGUGAAAACUAAAGAGAAGAAUGCUACUGGAGGCUCCUCCCUCAUACCUGUCCUCACCAAGUCUACAGCCAGGAAGAAGAGGGACUCAAGUCCCCAGGGUGAUGGGCCUGUCGAGGCAGACCACAUAGAACAAGACCCGAAGAAGAAGGUCAACAACCCGUUAUCUGAACCGACAGCAGGUUACCUGGAACCAGGAGGAGGGGCUAAGCCUAAACCCAGCCAAUCAAAAGCCCGCACCAAAACAGAAAAGAACGUUCCCAGAAUAUCUAAAUUCCAAGCUGGUAUCCAAGGUAACAAGGUGAACCCCAAGACGAGCCGAGGACGAGGCCUGCAGUCUGGGAAGACCAGGAGACUGUCAGCUGGAGCUGGGGAGGAGCCCGUCAGCAUGGAGGAGGAGAGUGAAGCUGCUUCAGACCAGGAUGUUUCACCAGUUCUACAGUUGGCACCGACAGGACAGAGACUAGUCAAGGUCCCAGCCAAUCGUAAAGCCAAGGAGGUCGGCCCCUCCCCUACAGGUGAGGCUGACUCCUCCCAGGCCGGCCAGCUAACCCAGUCAGCAGGGAAGAGGAAGAGGAUCAAGCCUGGUCCCUGGUGGCUCACCAGCCCUUUCAACACACAGGUCACAGAGACAGUCAACACACACACAGCAAACAAGUACAAACACAAUAACAAGAAAACAAAAACCAAACCAGCAAGAUAUUCCUCUGUGGAGUCAGGGCAAGAGGAGGGGACAUCAAGACCCUUGUUUAAUCAGAACGCAAAGAAGAAACCCUCGUCCAAUCAAACCGCAGAAAAUAAACCUUUGUCCAAUCAGACCACAGAAAAUAAACCCUGGUCCAAUCAGACUGCAGAGCAUAAAGCAGAGAAGCCCAAGAGGGGCAGAACUAAGAAGCAAAAGACGACCAGUAGAGAGGAACCAGCGAGGCCUGAAGGUCAGAGAGAAGAGGAGGAGGCUGAGGCCUCUACGGCAGAGCAGCAGGAGGAGCAACAGGAGCUGGGGGGGCUCAGUCCCAUGCCCAGCCCUCUCAGACAGCAUACACUCACCCCAAGUGAGAAGGUGUUUGACUGGAUCUAUACCCGCCAUCCCAAGUGUAAACCCCAGAGUGACAUUACCCCCCACUCUGCUACCGUUAUCCCCAGCAGGAGUGAUGCCUACCCCACUACCGUUACCCCCAGCAGGCAGUGGCGUCAGGCCAGGGAGGCUCCAGAGAAACGCAGCAGGAGGAGGAAAGCUCCAGGGAACUGGUGGGUCACCAACAACCCCCCAGAGAACGCUGACAGCACCUCUUCAUUCCCUCAACAAUCCCAGCCUUACCCCAAAAAACCUUCACCCCCUCAACCACAGCCGAACCCAAAAACUCGCAAGGUGGAGAGAAGUAAGUUCCUUGGACCCCCUCAGAAUGGCAACACAGCCUCCUCAACUCGACCUGGAGGAGUUCAGACCCCGCUGAAGAGGAAGGACCUCUCCGCCCCCAAGACGGUCAAGUGCUCUCUGGCCACCAUUGGCGCCGUCUUCUCCUCGGGCAGAGGAGCGCUCCCGGUGGCCACGGUCAGAAGCAGCACGUGGCAUACUUUGGGGGGGAAAACGCUAUUCCCUAGAGCGCCUGAGGAGCAGUCAGCCCAGAGCCCCAGCAUCGGCCUCAGCUCUGGGCCAGCUAAUGACCCCUCCCAGGACCCAACCAGUGACAGGAGCUCCAGCCCUGUGGAUCUGAGUGCCAGUACUGUCUGCAUAGAGCCUGUUGGACAGCUGGGGAAAAAGAAGACCAUACACCGAGACUUCUCCCAAAGCAACAACCGACUCUCAGACAACACGUUAAAAGGGUUCAAAAGCGGACCGUCUUCCAUGAUUGAACUGGAGGAUUAUGAAGAGAAUGACGACAUCUGUGUCCAGUCGUUCAGAGUGACGCCCCAUCCGUCUGUCCAUCAGUCUGUCCCUCCUGGCAUCGUGCUGUCGGACCCUGAGGCUGUGACUGAGCUUUGUGCUCCUCCUCUCAGAGCCAUCACACUGCAGCUGGAGGACAAGGCCAACCUCACAGACUGGAUGGCUUUGCUCUGGCCUGCCACUGGGAAACAGGGAGGCCAGAUCAGCCCAGAUCAUUUCCAGUGGUUCUCGUAUCGAGACAGAGCUCUUGGUUACAAGAUGGACCUUCUGGCUGAAACCUUCUCCAAUGGAAAGAUCUUGCUGGGCUCCUACAUGAAGAAACCUCUGCUGGUGGACCACAGCGCCACCACUGUGUAUAACCUCCUAACCAGCUCAGUAACUGUGAAGAUCAAUGGCAAAGAGAACCAUUAUAACCCAGGACAGACCUUCAUGGUCCCAUGUGGCCAUGUCUUCUGACCCUCUCCCUGUGUUGUCCAACAGGCCAUGCCUACAGCCUCCACAAUCUGACCCAGGAACCUGCUGCUCUACACUUCACCAGGAUGCUGGCAGAGAGCUCAGAGUGAGGCCUGGAGACCACAGCCAGGGGCUCAGUAAAGUACAAUAGUGACAGGUCAGAGUAGUGAAGGAUCCUUACAGACGACCACCAGGUACCUCAACUUAUGAGAGACAUUCACCCACCUCAUUGACAUUCCCAAGGACUUAACAGGAAAUGACCAGCCAGUGAUUUAAAUGGAAAAGUUAGAAAGAUUAAAAUUGUACAGAGGGCUCUGCUGUAAGUGCUUGUUAUUGUCUUAUUGUCACAGUAACAUUUGUAAAUAGCAAUACUUUUGUUUCUAUGGUUUCUUGUGCCCCCCUACUGUGUAUAUUUAAUGUGACCAAUGAAAUAACUUGUAAAGGCUUCUGGGUAUUUUUAUUGGAAUAUUAAUCUUCUGUCAACUGUUGCAAACACAUGGUAUGUAAAAAUAAAAAGUAAUUCAGCCCUGGC